AUGCCAUGGACAGUUGGAUACAUCAUCAGAGACAUUCUCGUCGACCACGAGGCGUCUGAUGAUUUUGUCAAUCCUAAGAUGCGAUGCCGGCUCAGUAUCUCGAGAAUGCUCAUAAGGAUAGGACGUGUGACCGCGUGCGUUGUUAGAGCCACAAGCCCACAAGCAACGAAUCCUGCACUGUCUCGUGCCGCCCACCCGCGCCGCACGCGGAGAAUCCAACGCCUCCCUUCGCCCGGUUUGCCUCCCCUGCUCCCGGCUCACGCGACGGCCCUAUCCCCCAGCGACACGCCGAGCCCAGGCUCAGCGGCGUCCCGUGCGCCGGGUCCACACCAGGGCAGCACCCGCCGCGAAGCUUCCUCCUCUCCUCUCCUCUCCCGAGUUGCACAAAGCAUAAAGAAGCUCGCCGUGUCGGCAAACCGGAGGUUGCGGCCGCCCGACGACACACACCACCGCCGACCAGCGCAACGCAACAAUCUCCAAAGUCCAAACCCCAAACUGCACUCCACUCACUCCACACGCGCGCGCGCGCGCACGAUCGUCUCGUCGACCAGCCAGAGAAAGAAGAUGCAGCAGGGGAGGACGAGGAGCCGCCCGCGCAUCGCCGGCGCCCGGCCGGGGCCCUCCUCCUCGCCGUCGCGGCGUGGCGGGAGCAGCGGCGGCGAGGGCGCCGGACGGGGGCUCCGGCUGCCCCGGCUGCCGGUGCAGCUGGCGCAGGGGCCGCGGCCGCGGAGGCGGGCCGACGGGAAGAGGGCGCUCACGCGCUCCGCCUCCGAGCCGGCGCUCUGGUGGCGCGACGACGCCCGCGUCCACCCCGUGACCCAUCCGCCUUCCCCGCCGCCGCCGCCGCCGCUCGACCGCCCGCACACCUGCUACGACGUCCUCGCGCCGGACUCCCCCUUCGCCUCCUCCUCCCUGCUGCUGCUGCCGCCCGAUCGUCGCACGCCAUGGGAGGAGGCCAAGGUGGUGGUGAACGUGACGGUGGAGGGGAGCCCGGGGCCGGUGAGGGCGAUGGUGAGCCUCGGCUCCAGCAUCCGGGACGCCAUCGCCGCGGUGGUGGAGCGGUACCACCGGGAGGGGAGGAGCCCCCGGCUGGACCCGGCCUCCGCCGACUCCUUCCAGCUACAUCACUCUCACUUCUCCCUCCAGAGUUUAAACAAGAACGACAAGAUGAGCGAAGUGGGCGGCAGAAAUUUCUACCUGCACAAAAACGACGGAAGCAACGGGCUUGUACCUCACAGGGAACAGGAGGCGGGUGUGCAUUCAGGUGGUGGUGAAACUACACAGAGCCAUGGAGGGCAGCUUGCCGGUGUCCCAUACCACCACCAGCUCCUCGCCAUUGUCAUGAAGAAGCUGGAUAAAAUCGGCAGGCGGACCAAGAGGAUUUGGAGGCUCCUGACCUGUGACUGCACAUGACUCUGAUCCUGUGGAUGUUGAUGGUAGCCUAACAGCCAUCGUAUACUGUGACUGUCUGGUGUAGUAGGCUAGCACUAGUAAGUUAGGUUAGAAUCGGUGCGCGGCGCUGGUGCUACUGCUAUUGAUUGAUGAUAAAGAAGGCACGCGGCGUGGUAACUAAGGUUAUCCUCGUGUUGACGUGUUGAUAGAUUGGGUUGAUCGGGUCAGGAAGUAUAAGGUAUAGAAAGAAUUCCUUAUUUAACACUGUGUAUAAAUUUUAUGCCUUAUUUGACAUCGAUAAAUAGUUUUUUUUUC